AGACGAGGGGGGGGGCGGGCACUAACGGAGAGCAGCCAAUGGGCGCGCGGGGAUUGCUAUUUCUUCUCCGGCUGAGCCAAUAGAAUCUUUCAAUCGGGGUCGGAUCCCGAUUUAUCGCCAUGUCGAACCAAUAAGAGAGCGCGAUGUGAGUCCGAGCCGCACCGCACACGAGCGACUACAGGCGGCGUGCUUGUGCUCGGCUCUCCCCGUUGGCUUCCAAUCUGCUUCUCCGGACGGCGAAGAGGAGGCGAGGGAGCGCCUUUUCUACCGCGGACGUGCCCGCUUCCCGCACGCUGCACCCGGCCAUGGGCCCCACGGCGGAUCGGCCCACGGCAGCAGAGCGCUGAGGCUAUGCAAUCUCUGUUCGGCGGCGGCGAGCUGGGCCUGCUGGGCGGGGCCGGCGGCGGCGGCGGAGGGGGCCUGAAGGAGGACGGCUGCGGCGGCGUGGGGUGGCGCUCGCCGCCGCUCCACGCCGACGAAGUCUACUCGGCCUCGCACUUCGCCCUGAUCGCCGCCUACCAGGACAUCAAGAGCCGGCUGGGCGGCCUGGAGCGCGAGAACAGCAGCAUCAAGAGGAAGCUGAAGAUCUACGAGAUCAAGUUCCCGAUGAUCAGCGAGUUCGGCGAGGACGCCAACUCGUACUGCUCCUUCGAGAGCAAGGAGACGGCGCUGCUGCACUCGGAGAACGGCAACCUGCAGCAGAGGGUCAACAUGCUGACGCACGAGCUUCAGAAGAGGAAGGAGCGCGAGGAGCAGCUGGAGGAUGUGAUCCAGGCCUACGAGAAGAUCCACAUGGAGAAGAGUAACCUCCAGCGGGACUUGGACAAGAUGACGGGCCUGGUGGAGAAGCACGUGGAGCGCAUCCUGGGCCUGGAGGCGGCGCUCCGGCAACGGGACAAUUCUCUGCACAAGCUCAACGUGCAGCUGCACAGCAAAGACAUGCAGUACCUGCAGCUGCACGCCGGGCCCGACGCGCACAGUGAGUUGCUGGACUGUCCCGCCAUGACGCUGCAGAGCUCGCGCAGCCUGGACGCGCUGUCCGACUUGAAGGUGCAGCGGCUGGAGGCCGAGCUGGAGGGGGCGCGGCACGAGGCCCAGGGGGCGUGCCGGCGGGAGGAGGACCUGAAGGCGCAGUGCGAGCGCCUCAAGGAGGACGUGAGGCAGCUGCAGGGCGGCCAGCGGGACAGGGAGAUGUCGUCGCCGUGCAAGCAGUGCGACGUGGAGUGGAUCAAGAAGGUGGGAGACGAGCAGGUCAACCUGGCGCUGGCCUACACGGAGCUGACGGAGGAGCUGAGCCGCCUGCGAGCGCUGAGCUCCAAGCAGACGGAGAUCCUGAGGAAAGCCUCGCAGGAGCAGCACAGCCCAGUUGCAGUCCAGUUGCACUCUCCCAUCCACCACCAGCGCCACUCGCCCAUCUCUCAACGCCACUCUCCGGUGGCACCGCCUCCGCCCGCGCACCACUCGCCCAUCCAGCAGCGGCGCUCGCCCGUGCUGCAGCGCCUCUCGCCCGACACGCACCGCCGCUCGCCCCUGCUGGACGUCGGCGAGGCGGGCCCGGCCUCGUACUCGUGCCGCCCGCCCAGCCAGCACCUCCGCGCCAGCUUCCAGGGCCGCCGCAGCUACUCGGAAGUGACCGACCCGUCGGCGUACCAUUGCCCGCCGCGCUUCUCCCUGGACCCCGUGUCCACGCUGCCUAAGCCUCGCCCCUUUGUAGAGGGGUACUCCAAACAGACGCCCCAGCACCCGUCUCACGGCGGUCUCCAGCACAGAGGGGCGACGUCGCCCCACCAGGGCGGCGGCGGAGGAGACGACAGCGCCAUGCGCCACCCCAGGGAGAUGCCCUUUCCUCUGCGCUUUGAGCCGCCGCCGCCCUCCGCGCAGGCCCCGCCCCCGCCGCCUCCCCCGCAGUCCUCGGAAGACGAGGAGGAGUGGACCUGCCCGCAUCCCAUCAGCCCGCCCAGGACGCUGGGCACGCUCUCCACCGCUGUGCCCGGGGGCGCCAUGAGGGGUCCGGCGUCCUGCUCGGUCUUCCCCGCCCCCCAGUGCCCCAACGCCCUGGGCUGCCGCCCCCAGCCCGGCUACAUAUUGGCCGAGCACGCUCAGUCGUGGCCCUCCAUCAACCUCUGGAUGGAGACGGAGGAGAGCGACGUGCGGAGCUGCCCGCUCUGCCAGCUGAUGUUCCCCGUCGGUUACCCUGACGACGCCCUCAUCAAGCACAUUGACUCCCACCUGGAGAACAGCAAGAUCUGAUCGCCAUGGCGACCGGAGGAACGACGUGAGAGGGUUGCAGGAUUAUUAUUGUUUUCUUCUUUUAACUCCAAAAACAAACGUAGGGUUGCAGAAUUUCUGGAAAGUUUCUGGUAAAAUUUAAUCGAGAAUUAAUCGAGAUUUAUGGGAAUUUUGAGGUUAAUUUUUUUCCCCAUGCAUAAUCGCGAAAAUAGCUCUCCUUGCCCACAUGCGAGGUCAUUACGGUAUUAUACUUUCUCCAUUUUAUUUUAUUUUAUUUUAUUUUUUUUUGCACUUUAUGCGAUCGGUGGCAAGUCAGAAGCCCACUUGUACUGCAAAUUUUGGCUCAAAACAACAACAAAAAAACACUUAAAACCGUCACUUUCUGGCAUGCGCCCAAUGUGCGACCGCACAGGACAGAAUUGCUGGAAGGUGGUGGCAGCGCGCCACAAAAAUGUUUUAAAAAUUAUACAGGAAAUGGUUUUCUAUUUUGUAAGGCAAUAUUUAGCAUUUGUAUGAGGAAUUUAUGUAUUUAAAUUCCCUGCCCUUUAAAUUGGUUAAUUGCUGUUUUAUUCCUAUUAAUUCUCAUUAAUUCCCACGGAGAGUUCCCGGAGUUUUGCAACCCAACAACCAAGCAAGAUGGUGGCUUCUGUUUUUUUUUUUUUCUUUCCCCCCCGCCACCAGGUGCACGGCUCCAUCUUUCGGAUUUGUGAGUCUGGUCCCGUGCUUUUUCUUUGGCUUGUUUGCUUUGUUUUCCAUGUCUUUACGAAUCAUGGCGGUCCAGUGGUUCUGCAUGUUGGUGUCACCUUCACAGUCCAAAUCUUUAAAGACGAUCGAGCCGGCAUGAAACAUGAACAUUUGUACUCAUGUUAUACCUUUUACGCUUGCACCCUGUUUAAAAAAAGGAAAAAAAAAAUUUGCACUUUACGCUAGUUUUUAGCCUUUGCCGUCUGUCUGUCUCAAGCCCCCCUAUAUACAUUAUGACAUUAUUUAUAUUGUAAAUCUGUAAGGCAAAAAAACCAAAAGAUUUAUAUUUUUGCAGCACAGGUUUGGGGCUGGUGACACAAGCUUUCACACAGUGUACAGAAAAACACAGACGAGAAGCACUGGGAGUCUUCUUAAAAAAAAAAAAAUAAAAAAAAAAAAAUAAAAUAAAAAAAAAAAGCGCUAUUGACAAAACUAUUGGGACAGUGAAUUAAUUCAGGGGUGAGCAAACGUUUGUGCUGAAUGGACACAAUUUGGGUUUUUGAAAUGGAUGGUUGCAGAUGAGGUAAGUGAAAUAAACUUAAAGGUUAAAUAUGUAUACAAAGUGUGUAAAAUAGCGUAUUUUAAUGAGAAAAUGAUCAUUUAGUCUCAUUAAAAUGAUUCAAAAUACAAUCUAAAAAUCGUUAAUAAAAAAAAAAAAGUGCUUGGAAAAAAAAUGAAAAGAAAAUGACCCUGAAAAUUGGUAAUGGUUAUUUUAGUAAUAUUUGUUUUCUUUUGACAAUGUAGAAUAACUAAAUAAAUCAUUUAAUGAGAUCAGUAAAUAAACCAAUUUUAGGCUAAACUACUACAAGUGCUCUUUAACAAUAUCAAUGUUUGGUGGGCCACAAUAAAGGACGGAACGAGAUGCGUAUGCGGCCUGCGUGCCCAACUUUUGCCCUCCCCUGAAUUAAUCAUCGUCACUCUCUUUGAAUCGUAUGCUUCCAAUUUUUCAGGAUGACGGCCUUCUCGGUGACAUCCGACCUCACAAACGGACGCACAAAAAAAAAAAAACACAAAAAAAACAAUACUUUUGUCCAUGCAGUGUACCCACACGAGAGCACCCAAGUUCGACAACAAACAGCAAAAAAAAAAAAAACGAAAAAAAAAAUGUUUUUUUUUUUUUUGAGGAGAAACAUCUUCUUGAUCUGCUGGUGAACCUUGAUAAGAGGUUAACACUGAUGUCAGCUCAUCUGAGGUUUUGUCGGCCACAUGAGCACUUCCGGGAGAUUAGAGGUUUAGCUUUUUUGAAUUUUUAAUUUUUUUUUUUGCCCUUUUGCUCAGCAUCAUAACGUCGUGUCAGCAAAAUGGAUCAAUUGCCGAGUCGUGACCCGCUCGGUGGAAACGCACCCGAGCGUGAAAAACAUUCGUCAACAUUCCCGUGGCGCACAUUCCCGCUCCUUUCUGAAAAGUCGUUUUGUUUAAAAAAGGGCUACUUUGCCACCACUUUGCUCGUCACACUAUGAUGACAUCACCACCGCGGCUCAUACGGCCAGAAGAUUUUCCAUCCAUUUUCUGAGCCGCUUCUCCUCACUAGGGUCGCGGGCGUGCUGGAGCCUAUCCCAGCUGUCAUCGGGCAGGAGGCGGGGUACACCCUGAACUGGUUGCCAGCCAAUCGCAGGGCACAUAGAAACAAACAACCAUCCGCACUCACAGUCACACCUACGAUCGGGGAGAACAUGCAAACUCCACACAGGCGGGGGCGGGGAUUGAACCCAGGUCCUCAGAACUGUGAGGCUGAGGUAUAUAUAUAUAAAAAAAGAAACAACUCACACUCAACAAAAAAAGUUUUUUGUGGGUGUGAGAAAUUUUCUGCUAUGUAUGUACACGGUAAAUAUUAUAUUUGUCCCUUAUGGCACCUCGUACAUGACACUCCUCCUUUGUUUGGUCGCCUGACGUCACGUGACACGAACUUUACGUGCAGGUUGGUCUUUCACUUCAUUACCAAAGAACACCAUCAAUUUCUCUCAUUUUACAUACAGCACUGCUUGGGAAAAGUCCGUUGUGUGCGUUUGACGUCGAGGUGACGCCGCACUUUUUAGUUACGAAGCGACUAACAACAACAACAACAACAAAAAAAGCUAAAUUAGCUUAUCAUAACUGGGAAAAAAACAACAGUGAAAGAGGAAGAGAAUCACCGUGGUCUUGAUUGGACAUCAAAGUGUUUGAUAGUGGAUGUUUAAAAAAAAAAAAAAGUUUCCCUUUUCACUGAAAUACUGAUUAAGGAUUAAUCAUCAAUUUAAGCUAUUAAUACAGUUUGAACAGAUUUGUAGUUCAAAAUUUGAUAUAUAGACAACGAUAACGAGGAUAUUUUUGGCUUAAGCAUAAUUGGACUACUGCAUCUAUGAAUGGAAAAUAACCGGUAUGCAAGGGUUAACAUCUACGAUUGUCCGAUGUGAACUUUUCUCCAAAACUUUGACAAACAAACAAGUGUACCAAUUAUAGGUUAAUACGAUUUUCGCCAACAUGAACAGGCUUCCCCACAUUGUGUGCCACACUUCGCUUUUUGGUUUUUUCCCUCUCGUUCUUUCUGUCUUUCUACGUUGACUCAGGAGAACUGAAAAAGAAACUCAAGCAAAGGAACAAAUAAUUCUUUUCCACGACAACUCUGAGACGUUUCCCCCGAACGGAUUCACUCAGGAGACAAAUCGGGUUUUACAUGAUUGCGAUGUUGUUUUGCAACACGACACUACGCUGCCAACUGAGAAGUUACGGGACAUCUUGGUGUCACCUUUUGUUUUUUUUUGUUUUUUCUUCCUGUGUCUGUAAAUAGUCCACUGAAUAAACUUGCACUGAAACUCA